AUGAGUUCUGCUGCUGCGAAUCCUCAGUUCUUGGACCAUUACGAAAAUCCAUAUUAUCUUCACAGUUCUGAUCAUGCUGGACUGGUUCUCGUUUCCGAUCGUCUUUCUUCCGGUGCGGAGUUUCAUUCUUGGAAGCGCUCGAUACGUAUGGCCUUGAAUGUUCGUAAUAAGCUUGGUUUCAUCGAUGGUACGAUUCCUAAACCUCUUGAUAGCCAUCGUGAUGCUGGAUCUUGGUCUCGUUGCAAUGAUAUGGUCACAACUUGGAUUAUGAAUUCUGUUUCAAAGAAGAUAGCUCAGAGUCUUCUUUAUAUGCCUGCUGCUGAAUCGAUUUGGAAGAAUUUGUUGGUACGAUUCAAGCAGGAUGAUGCUCCACGAGUGUAUGAGAUUGAGCAACGAUUAGGGUCUAUUCAGCAAGGUUCUAUGGAUGUAACAACGUACUAUACAGAGCUUGUCACUCUAUGGGAAGAGUACAAGAACUUCAUAGAUCUUCCUGUUUGUACAUGUGGCAGAUGUGAGUGUAAUGCUGCUUCUUUGUGGGAGAAACUGCAGGAACGUAGUCGGGUGAUGAAGUUUUUGAUGGGGCUUAAUGAGUCUUAUGAUGCUAGUCGUCGUCAGAUCUUGAUGAUGAAACCCAUUCCGUCUCUUGAAGAUGUCUUUAAUAUGAUCACUCAAGAUGAGAGACAGAAGAGUAUCAAACCUGCUGUGAAGAGUGAUGCCGUGAUAUUUCAAACGAUGGGUUCUCCUUCUGAGUCUGUACCUACUGAUGCUCCUGUUCUUGCUGCUGCUCAACAUGGUUAUCGGCCCAAGCAGCGCCCUUUAUGCACUUAUUGUGGUCAGUAUGGUCAUAUUCUACAGAAGUGUUUCAAGAUACAUGGCUACCCUCCGGGGCAUCGCUUUCAUGGUCAAACUCCAAGAGGAUCUUCUUCACAGUCAAUGGCUGCACGAGGACAGCAAAAUCAGAGUGGUUACCCUCGUUCUCACCAACAGCACCAACCUCUGCAGUAUCCUCCAUCUAACACGGUUGCUAAUGUCACUAAUGUUCCUCUGAUGGGUUCUUCCAUUCCAUCAUCUUCAAGCUUGGAUGUUAAUCGUAUGAGUCAAGAUCAAGUACAAUACAUUCUUCACCAACUUCAAGCUUCUGUUCGUCCUCCUGAGUCUUCAGUUCAGAAUCAGCAUGCUACUAUCACGGAACAUGGUCACAUGGCUGCUCAAUCCUCUUCUGGUAUCAUUCUUUCUUUAUCCUCAAACCUUCGUUUUGAAAACAAUAUACUUACCUUCAACCAUCACUGUCUUUCAUCCCUUUAUAAUGCCCUGCCUAGUGGUUCUUGGAUAAUUGACAGUGGGGCCACGACGCAUGUCUGUUCUGAUCUUGCGCGUUUCAGUGAUCUUUCUACUGUCACUGGUGUCACCGUGUCUCUCCCGAAUGGUCACAAAGAGCCUAUUAGUCAUAUAGGCAGCAUCAUAGUUUCACCAACUAUUACACUGCAUAAUGUGCUUUAUGUGCCAUCUUUUCGUUUUAAUCUCAUCAGUGUGCGUUGCUUACUUGUUGAUAAUAAUUCUUCAGCUCACUUUUAUGUUGAUCAUUGUUUGAUUCAGGAAUCUACUGAGGGAUUGAUGAUUGGUAGAGGGUCUAUUUUCAACAAUCUUUACGUCUUAGAUACAAAUGUUUCUGCGUCUCCUACUAUCUGUGCCUCUUUGUUGGAUGAUGGUCAACUUUGGCAUCAACGUCUUGGGCAUGCUUCACUGGCCAAAUUGCUUCAUGUUCCGGGUAUAAAAGCAUUGCAUAAAACUUCUCUGUCUGCUGUAGAAAACUGUCCUGUGUGUCCUUUAGCUAAGCAACGACGCUUACCAUUUGUUUCCCAUAAUCACAUUUCUUCAUUUCCUUUUGAUUUGGUACACAUGGAUGUAUGGGGUCCUUUCUCAGUAGAGUCUACAGAGGGUUAUAGAUAUUUUUUAACUUUGGUCGAUGACUGUACUCGUGUAACAUGGAUCUACUUUCUAAAGAAUAAAAGUGAUGUUUCAAAAGUUUUUCCUGCUUUCAUUCAACAUGUUCAUUUGCAAUAUAAGGCCAAUAUUAAAUCCAUUAGAACUGAUAAUGCACCUGAACUCGCAUUUACUGACCUUGUUUGCAAACAUGGUAUGAUCCAUCAAUUCUCGUGUGCUUAUACUCCUCAACAGAACUCUGUUGUUGAGCGUAAGCAUCAGCAUAUCCUGAAUGUAGCUAGAGCAUUGUUGUUUCAAUCUAAACUUCCGUUGAUCUAUUGGACAGAUUGUGUUUCUACAGCCGUGUUUCUUAUAAAUAGAACCAGGGUUCUAAAACGCGGACGCCUAGCCGAUUAA